AUUUAUUUAUUUAAAAUAAACAUAUGAUUACAAAAUAUCUGCUAAAAUAUUAGGUUAGUUUUAAAAAGGUGAUGACAUUUCUUAAUUUUUUACUUUAAUUACAUUGCUGGUCGUAAGAAGUUACAUUUGGUAGAUAAUCAUAGACAUUAUUCGGUUUUUCCACAUUGUAGCGUCCAGGUGGCCAUACUUGAUAAGCACAACUUACUCCAUAGAAAAAAAAUGACGCUAAGUUGAAAUAAGGAAAGCCGGUUCGAACCGAUUGGCCGAUGUACAAAAUCUCAUCCCUGAUGCUCCAUCGCGGUGAUAGUUCUCAAAAGGUGUAAACCGAGUGGGGUUGUUUUCAUCCCGGUGUCUAGGCGACCCGUCGCCCACCCACCUCAGCAAUUCCAGCAGCAAGCAGAUGAGCCCCACAGUCGUGUUCCGAAGUGGAUCCAAUUUGGAGCACGCCUACUACGUCUCACCUAGGACGAAGAAGACCGGGAAAGUCUUCUCGAGGCGUUUUACAAUCAAGAUCGAAAUCAUGGGCGCAUUCAUGAUCAAAAUCUUGAAAUCGAUCAAUUUCGCCUUUAUCGCACUCCUGUUCGUUUCCACUGAUGAUGGCAGUGCGAGGGCGAAAAUAUUCAGACUGGAGGUGGGUGGUAUGACAAUGCUAAUCGUAUCGAGUCUUGCCAUGAAAGAGUUCAGCGACUCUCCUUGGAUCGACCACGAUCAACUUUUACCGCCCAUCACUCUACUUACUCUCGCAAUAACUAUCAUUAUCAUCUCUGCAUUUGGCGUGUAUGCAAACUUCAGAGAGAAUCAUCAUUUACUCAUAGCCUUUAUGGUGUUUCUUGUGAUUGCCAUCGUAGUAGAGAUAGUAAUUGGAAUUAUGGCAAUACGAGCACUACACAGUUACCCAGAAUAUUGCUUGGAACAGCUAAGAUCUGCGACAAAGGUGUAUACUGUUAGCAAAAUUGACAGAAAGAAAUUAGAUGAUCUCCAGCGUGAUUUAAAGUGUUGUGGAAUUGAUGACCCUAGUUCAUGGUCUGUGUUGUUCAUCCCUCCAACUCUUCCAAUCUCGUGUUGUAUCAAUUUGAAAACGGAUACAUUAGACGGUGAUAUACCGAUUUGCUAUGCCAGACCCAACUUAGAGAAUGUUUAUAGUACCUCGUGCUUGAUGAAACUUAACUUUAUUGUAGAGAACAGCCAAAGGAAUAUAAUGGCCAUUUCAAUACUAACUGCACUAUUACAGGUUGUCAUAAUCAUAGUGAACAUUUGCUUAACAUUAGCAGUCAAGAGACAACAGAAAUGGAAAACUGUCAUAGUAAGUGCUUUUAAGGAGGCUACCGACCCAAAUUCCAAUAAUCAUGAACACCAAGAAGGGACAGAAUUACAAAAACAGGGACAUUUAUUGUCAAGAAAAAUCAGCCCAGAUCCGAAUGAUAAAAUUGAAGAAAGAAGAAUUUCUGAUUCAACAAAACAUAUUAAAUUCAAAGACCUUGAAAUAUUCAAGACUAACUUGCACUUAGUAAAUCCUCAGAAUACACCCAAGAAAAGAACUUCCAAAGAGGCGAAACCACAAAUUCAGGAAGCUACGCUCUCAGAAACUCCUCACGUUCCAAUCACUUUGAGUUCUCUAUUUCAAGAAAUAGAUGAUUAUGAAAAAAACAGAAAUUCAAAUAUUUCCAAAUUUAGUCAAAUCUUGAAAGAAAUUGAAUUGCAAAGGCCAUCGCUCAAUCUUCUGUUGACUUCAAAUGAGCCUGUACAUCAACCGGAAAGACCACAAGAUCAUCAGCCGUCAAUGCAACGGAACUCUUUUCAAACCAAAUUGGACACUAUAAAUUCUGAAAUUGCUGAAAGUCAAUCAAAACUGGACACUAUAAAUUCCGAAAUUACCAGACGUCAAUCCAAAUUGGACGCCAUCAAUUCUGAAAUUAUCGAAGUCCAAUCGAAAUUGGACAUUAACAAUCCUGAGAUUGCUAAAAGUCAACAGAAAUUGCACACUGUCGAUCCAGAAAUUACUGAGCUUCAAUCCAAAUUGGAAAUUAUCAAUUCUGAAAUUACUAGACGUCAAUCCCAAUUGGACACUAUCAAUUCUGAAAUUGCUGAACGUCAAUCAAAAUUGGACACUAUCAAUCCUGGUAUUAGUGAAAGUCAACAAAAAUUGGAAACUACCAAUCCUGAAACUGAAAAUCAAAAGAAAAUGGACACUAUCAAUUCUAAAGUUAUUGAAAGUCAACCAAAACUGGACACUAUCACCCCUCAAGUUCCUAUAAGCCCACCAAAAUCGAACAUUGUCACACCUGAAUUGACUGGAAAUCGGCCAAAAUUUUACACUAUUCCUCAUGAAAUGUUUGAGAAUCAACCAAAAUUGAAAACUAUCAUUCCUGAAAUUACAGAAAGUCAGCCAAAAUGGGACCCUAUCAAUUCGGAAUUGUCUAGGACUCAACCAAAAAGGAAUACUAGCACUCCUCGAAUGUCUAAAAGUCGGUCAAAAUUGGACACUGGAAAUCGACAAAAAUCGAGGGCUACCUCUCCUAAAAUGAAUAAAAGUCCUCCAAAAUUGGGCAUUGUCACUCCUGAAAUUACUGAAAGCCAAUUGUCAAUGGAAACCAUCAAUUAUGAAGGUACCGAAAGUCAGCCCAAAUUGUACACUAUCAAUCCUGAAUUGUCUAAAAGUCGAUCGAAAAAGAACACUAGCACUCCUCGGAUGUCUAAAAGUCGGUCAAAAUUGGACACUGGAAGCCAACCAAAGUCGAGGGCUGCCUCUCCUAAAAUGACUAAAAGUCCUCCAAAAUUGGACAUUGUCACUCCUGAAAUUACUGAAAGCCAAUUGACAAUGGAAACCAUCAAUUAUGAAGUUACUGAAAGUCAGCCCAAAUUGGACACUAUCAAUCCUGAAUUGUCUAAAAGUCGAGCGAAAAAGAACACAAGCACUCCUUGGAUGUCUAAAAGUCGGUCAAAAUUGGACACUGGAAGCCAACCAAAGUCGAGGGCUGCCUCUCCUAAAAUGAAUAAAAGUCCUCCAAAAUUGGGCAAUGUCACUCCUGAAAUUACUGAAAGCAAAUUGAGAUUGGAAACUAUCAGUUAUGAAGUUACUGAAAGUCAGCCAAAAUGGGACCCUAUCAAUUCGGAAUUGUCUAGGACUCAACCAAAACAGAACACUAGCACUCCUCGAAUGUCUAAAAGUCGGUCAAAAUUGGACACUGGAAGCCGACCAAAGUUGAGAACUUCCUCUCCUAAAAUGGCUGAAAGUCCUCCAAAAUUGGACAAUGUCACUCCUGAAAUUACUGGAAGCCAAUUAACAAUGGAAACCAUCAAUUAUGAAGUUACUGAAAGUCAGCCCAAAUUGGACAAUAUCAAUCCUGAAUUGUCUAGAAGUCGACCAAAAUGGAACACUAGCACCCCUCAAAAGUCUAGAAGUCAGUCAAAAUUGAACACCGGAAGCCGACAAAAGUUGGGGACAACCACUUCUAAAAUGGCCGAAAGUCGACCAGCACUGAAUGCUGCCACUUCCGAAAUUUCUAAAGGUCGAUCGGAAAAAGCCAUUUUGAAAAGACAAAAAAGUUCUUCUUCGGAUCCAAAGGGUUCUAAAAAUAAUCAACCUUUCAAUAAAAACCAUUAACCUUUUAAAAAUGAGUCCUAGGAAGGAUGAUGUAAACAGAAACAAAUACACAAUGAAAAAUACAAAAUAAAAUUGUUUUUUUAAAACAGUUUAUUUGAUAAAUAUAAAUUAAUUUCUUUAUAUUGUAACAAAAUACAAGGAACAAAAUUGUUUAAUUUUCAGUAUUAUGAUAAAUAUUAACUGCAUGUCAUAUAUUUGCAUGCAAAUUACAAAUACAAUAAAUUACAAUAUUCAUUAUUUACAUAUGCGUAUAUCAACUAUAAACAUUAUUUUAUAACAAA